GCCACACACUACACAACAUCAUGUCGGGCCUGUUCAAGAAGGUCAAGCGGCGGCUGAGCUCCGCGCAGCUGGAGAACAUGCACCUGUACUACGUGGGCAUGCCAUUGGAGGAGUUUUGCGAAGUGUCCAACAUUCCGCAGUUUGUUGAGAAGUUUAGGCAGGAAGGCGCAAACAGCACCGAUGACGUGUGCGAGUUUCACAAGGAACUGGCACAAUCCUGCAACAUGGGCGUUGUGCACAAAGGAAAGCUCUCCGCAGCCGUCAGAAACUACAAAGCCGUGAAGAGAAAGGGCGUUCCCAUGCGUACACGCACCAACACAAACCAGGCCCCACCAGGCCGCCGCCACUCCAUUGCGACAGCAUCAGACACGGCAGUGGCCCCCGCGUUCAAGCCGCCAGCAACACCGGCACACACCGCGUCCGCCUCCGCCCUUCUUGACCCCGUCACGCCAUCCACAGCGGGCACAUCAACGUCGUCCGUGCCGGGCGUGCCAGACGCGCUGGAUGAGAGCAGUGGUGGCCGUGACGACAACAACGGCAUGCCACGCGCAUCAUAUGGCUCGCCGCUCGCUGGCGGCGGGGUGCUUACCAUUGACAACACGGGUGGGGGUGAAUCGCACGACUACGAGGAAUUCAAUGACUCGCACGACUACGAAAUGCCGAGUGACACGGGCCUGUACGAAAACCCAGACCCGCAAGGCGUGCUACACACCUCCACGGGGAGCGAGGGGGAUGUUCCUGUGUUUGGACAACCCGCAUCGCCCGACGAACAAGAGCAGCAGCAGCAGCAGCAGCCACCGGCACCCGUCCGCAAGCGUCCUGAUUUCGUCAAGGUGGAGCCAGAGACGCAGCCCUUGCCAGACAACCCUGCGGACUGGGGCAACGCGGAUGUGCUGCGGUAUUUGCGGGAGAAUGGACUCGGCGACUUCAAGGAAAUUAUUUACUCAAAUGGAUUCGAGGGCACACACAUGCUCGCACUCACCGCCAACCAGUUCAAGUCCAAGUUCAGCGCUGACCGGUGCAUGGCGCUUGAGAAGGCGCUGAUGGACCUGAAGAGCCGCGCGCUCGCUGCCCGCGAUCAGGACGCUGCUGCACCACCACCGGCCGUGCCGUCAAAGACAUCGUCAACAUCUCCAUCAUCGACGUUGUCGUCCAAUGGCGGCACGCGCAUGGCAAACACACACGCGGCGCGCCCGCGCUCAAACACACACGCAGGGAGCGCAAACGGAAACGGUGCGGCGGAUGCGGGAGACGUGCGCGCGACAAAGAGCGCGAACCACAGCGGGUCUGGCAGCAUCGGCACACCCAUGACAGCAACGGCGGCCACGACAGCAAGCACGUCGGCAUCGUCUGGGGGUGCAGAGGCAACGUCAUCGCCGCCACCGCCCAUCAAGCCGCGGCGUGGGAGGCCCUCUGCUGACAUGUCAACGGGUGGCGAUGGCGAUGGCGACGGUGACGGAGAGAAGCCUGAUGAUGAUUACACGAAGCUCCUGCCGAAACCAGCCACCGCCGACACCACAGGAGGAACGGGCAAGAUUGUGCGGGCGCUUCACACAUUCACCGCGCAGCAAUCGGACCAGCUCUCAUUCAACGAGGGGGAAACGCUGACGAUCAAGGACGAUGCGUCCCUCUGGUGGCUCGCGAGAAACGCGCGCGGGCAGGAGGGCCUGGUCCCGUCCAACUUUGUUGAAGUGAUCAUGUCAGCCCCCACGUCCCGCCCGACGUCCAUCCACCACAGCAGCGACGGCAGCGGCAGCGGUGUUGUCGACAAGAACACCACCCCUGUCAAGGACGAGGACCAGCCUUGGUUCCACGCACAGAUGACCAACAGAAUGGAGGCAGAGAGACUCCUCAGGGCACAAUCGCGUGUUGGCACGUUUAUGAUUCGUCCCUCCGCCACACAUCCAAACAGCCGCACACUCAGCAUCCUUGGAAAGGACAACACGAUCAUUCAUCUCAAAGUCCUUCAUGACGACGCGCGCGGUUUCUUCCUCGGUGGAACCGACAUCUACCGAGAGCACCUGGCGGACUUGGUCGAGUAUUUCCAGGGCACAGAGAUCAAGGUCUCCAACCGCGACCCCGUCAUGCUCGAUCACCCGUGCCCGAAGUGAUGCUGCAGUCAGCAUAGCCACCAUCACCACAACCACCACGCUGUCAUCAUCACCACCACCACGCUGUCACCACCACCAUCACCACCACCAGUCCUUUGUUCCUCUUUCCCUCAUGCAGAGUUGAGGCGCGGCUGUCAUUGUCACAGUUGUUUUUAUCAAACGCUGCCUUCAUAAGUGUUUCUCUCUCUCUCUCUCUCUUUUUUCAUUUCGUAGCCGCCCCCUCUCCGCCUUUGUGUGGUUGCUGUUGGUAUCGUUUCUCUACUUUGGUGUUGGCUUUGGUGUUGGUGCGCGCGCUUGUGUGCGCGCGUUCACGUGCUCGUGAGGUUUCUUUGUUGCUUGCAUUUGUUACCUCCUCUUGUUCUCUUCUUCACGAGCCGUGGUGUCAUGGUGUCGCUGCGGCCCUAUCGUCCCCUCAUGCAUAUGCGUGCGCAUGUGUGUACGUGUACGCGUACACGUGUUCGUGUGCAUACGUGUGUACGUGUGCGUUCCUAUUGUGUGUUUGAUGUCGCGCUCGGCUUGCUCGCCUCCCAAUGUGUUGUCCUCCUCUGCUGUUCUUUGCUUAUCCUUUUCUUUUUGCCACUCGACGUGAUGUCACCACUACAACCCAGCCCAGCCAGGCAGUCACCCUCGCCACAACGUGACAUGCCAUGACCCUACACGAGCACCUGUUCGCGUGUCUGCUCGCUUGUUUUUGUCUUUCUUUCUUUCUUUCUUUCUUUCUUUCUUAUUCACCGCGCCCUUGCGUGUGUCCGUGUGCGUGUUCAUGUGUUCGUGUGUGUGUGUGUGCGUGUGUGCGUUUGUGUUUUGCGUGCCUGCUGGCAAUGGAUGCGAGUUUGCGUCUCUUGUUCUGCAUGCAUGCGUCAGCUCAUACACACACAACACACACAACACACACAACACGCGCACACAAGCACAACACGACCGUGUCAAGCGGCGUGGUUUGAUUUGUGCAUUUCCAUUGCUGUGCUGUGGUGUGUUGUUGUUGGCGUUGUCGUUAUUAGCGUUGUUGCUCGUGCGUUAGCCAUGGCUUUGUGAAAUGACUGCGUGUUUGUGGUGUGUGGUUUAUCGUUUGUUGACCAGUCACUUUCAUCGUUCAAGUUUGUUGUGCCCAUCAAGAAACGCACCCAGCAGCAGUGGCAGUGAUGGUGA